GAGAAGUGAUUGAUAGAGAUAGAUAUUAUAUAAGUCGACGAAAGAUCUCAGAAACGGCUCACUUGCCAUUGGAUCAUCAUACAAAUACAAUACAUACAUACACCACAGGUAAAAAAUCUUCCAAAUGAAUCGAUCUGUGUCUGCAAUUCCCAUUGGAUGGGGAAACUAAUAAGUACAUAUAUUCUCAUGAUCGAUUAUUAUUUGAUUGGUGAAGAUCAGAGAAAAAUGGGUGCCGCUGAAAUGGAGGAAGAAGGUGCCCUGGAGAUCGGAAUGGAGUAUAGAACUGUCUCUGGUGUUGCUGGACCUCUUGUUAUCCUUGAGAAAGUUAAGGGACCUAAAUACCAAGAAAUUGUUAACAUUCGUCUUGGGGAUGGAACUACUCGACGUGGUCAAGUUCUUGAAGUUGAUGGCGAGAAAGCUGUCGUUCAGGUCUUUGAGGGAACAUCUGGAAUUGACAAUAAGUACACCACCGUGCAAUUUACAGGGGAGGUUUUAAAAACACCCGUCUCUUUGGAUAUGCUUGGACGCAUCUUUAAUGGUUCAGGGAAGCCCAUUGACAAUGGUCCACCUAUCUUGCCUGAAGCUUACUUGGAUAUUUCUGGAAGUUCUAUCAAUCCUAGCGAGAGAACCUAUCCUGAAGAGAUGAUUCAGACUGGGAUAUCUACCAUUGAUGUCAUGAACUCCAUUGCUAGAGGUCAGAAAAUUCCCCUCUUUUCUGCCGCUGGUCUCCCUCACAAUGAAAUCGCUGCUCAGAUCUGUCGUCAGGCUGGUUUGGUUAAGCGUUUAGAGAAGUCUGAUAACCUCCUUGAGGACCAGGAAGAUGAUAACUUUGCCAUUGUGUUUGCGGCCAUGGGUGUGAACAUGGAGACUGCACAAUUUUUUAAACGUGAUUUUGAGGAGAAUGGUUCCAUGGAAAGAGUGACACUUUUCCUUAACUUGGCAAACGACCCCACUAUUGAACGUAUCAUCACUCCUCGUAUUGCUCUCACUACAGCUGAAUAUCUGGCAUAUGAAUGUGGGAAGCAUGUCCUUGUUAUUCUCACAGACAUGAGUUCGUAUGCUGAUGCCCUUCGUGAGGUUUCUGCUGCUCGUGAAGAAGUACCCGGUAGGCGUGGGUACCCAGGUUACAUGUACACUGACUUGGCCACCAUAUACGAGAGAGCUGGACGAAUUGAGGGUAGAAAAGGUUCCAUCACUCAGAUUCCAAUUCUAACCAUGCCAAACGAUGAUAUCACACAUCCCACACCAGAUCUAACAGGAUACAUCACAGAAGGACAAAUUUACAUUGACAGGCAACUUCACAAUAGACAGAUAUACCCACCGAUCAAUGUUCUUCCUUCUCUAUCUCGGCUCAUGAAGAGUGCCAUUGGUGAGGGGAUGACUCGCAGGGACCACUCUGAUGUUUCUAAUCAGUUGUAUGCAAACUAUGCAAUUGGAAAGGACGUACAGGCAAUGAAAGCCGUGGUUGGAGAAGAAGCACUCUCGUCCGAGGAUCUGCUUUAUCUGGAGUUCUUGGACAAAUUUGAAAGGAAGUUUGUGGCACAAGGAGCCUAUGAUACACGUAACAUCUUCCAGUCGCUGGACCUGGCCUGGACACUCCUCAGGAUCUUCCCCCGUGAGUUGCUUCACCGCAUACCGGCAAAAACUCUCGACCAGUUCUACAGCCGAGACACCACCAACUGAUCAUCAUCCCAUGCUCUUCUCCAAAUUGCAUCUCUUUUUGUUUUGCUCCUUUGCGCUUUGGUUUGCACCUCUCUGUCCUCUCCCAAUAAAAAAGGUGACUGACCCAAUCGCCGGCUAUUCUUUUUUGAACAUUCUUGUAUCAUUUUUUUUUUAUCAUAUUUUCAUAAUAAAAAUAAAAUAAAAAACGUUGGAUACUUGAGCUGUUACCCUGGCCUCGGUUAUUCAUGUGCCUUUAUGGAUGCUCCUUAUGAUGAUGAAUUAAAUUACCAGUUUCACUUUCAA